CGGUGACAUCUUGCUAUGGUGGAAAGGUUUGGAGGACUGGUUGCUGCGGGGAUCCGCCGCUGUUACCACCCAGUUCACUCUGCCUUUGGCAAGAGGGGCUGAGCUCGAGUCGCAGGAAGGGAGAAGAUCCAGAAGGGCUCGGGCGAAGAAGGUGGACUAAGAGAGCGAGAAAGCGGCUGCCACAAAAAGCUCACCCUGGAAUAAACCUGAGGAGGAGGAAGAGGAGGGAGGAGGAGAAGGAAGGAAGGCAGCGGCCUGGGGCCUGCCCGCCCCGCCCCGCUGGCUCUGGUCAGGCCAGGACCAUGCAUUCGGGGAGCAAGGUGAAGAGCGAGUACAUGAAGCGCUACAAAGAUCCCAAGUGGGACACGUGUGGCCCGUGCUACCGGGAGCUGCUGCACUAUCGCCUGAGCCGGCGGCUCUUGGAGCAGACUCACAACCCCUGGUUAUGGGACGGUUGGGGGCCGUCCAGCAACUCAGACGAUUCCUCGUCUUCCGGGGGUGGCGGGGCCUCCACGCCGCAGGGCCCCCAGGAAGCUUCGGCCUGGUCUCCACCUCCGACCCCACCCAAGCCCCUAGGAGAGGGAGCGGAGCCGGGAGUGGAGGAGAAGGAGGCCGAAGUCUCUGAGGAUGAGGACGCUGCCAGCCUCCCAGAAACACUUGGAAAAGAUGCACAAGAAAAAAGUAAACAGCAGAAGGAAGCAAAAGAACAACAGAUAGAAGUGAAAGAUACUACUGAGCAUCCUCGCCAACGUGCCUUGCUUGCUAAAGCAGAUAAGAAACCAGCUAAAAGUCCUCAGAGACCAAGUAAAACAAAGGAAAUCAAACAUCCAUUUGCUCUUUAUGGCUGGGGAGAAAAACAGACAGAUACUGGGAGCCAGAAAACACAUAAUGUAUGUGCUUCCGCUUCGGCACAACAGAUUCAUGAGUCAGCAUUACGAGCCAAGAAUAGAAGACAAGUGGAAAAAAGGAAACUGGUCAUUCAGAGGCAAAGAGCCUAUUCUGUUGAUGUGCAGAAACCCAGAAGGAUCAAGCCUUCCUCUGCAGAUAAUCCAUGGAUGACAGAAUACAUGAGAUGCUAUUCAGCAAGAGCUUGAUGAAAGAAAAAUGUACUUAGAUAACCUCAUUAAAAACAACAGGACAUUGGUUUAUGAAACCAAAUGAUUAUGUACAUUUUUGUUUAGGGGGUUCCCAAGAGUGCUUUUUAAAUGUACUCUGGUGACCUACCUCCAUAGUAGGGCAGAUAGCUGAAGCCAUAGACAUUUGAAAUUAUUCAUGAUGAUCAUUCCCUAAGUCUUUGGUAUUCUUGAGUUUUUGAAGCAUCUUAAUCUUUGGAGAAAAUGACAGCAAAUGACUUUUAAGUGGCAGGUUUUUAAGAUGCUUAGUAAUCAGUAUUUCAUAACUGUAGAAGGAGCCCAUUCUCUUUCUCUCUUGAACAUCAGCAAACCCUGUAGAAAGUAAGAUGGUUCCAUUUUGUACCUAACAAAAGCCUAUUUUCAAUUAUGUGAAAUUUUACCCAGUGGAAGAGCUAAUAGCAAAAGAGUAGUCAUUUGUGAUAGCUGUUCUUCUGAUCCCUACCAGCUUGUGAAACAAGUUCUGGUAAAAGUUGAACUUACCUCAUUUCUUUACCAGUUCAUUUACCUUUUCAUGUGGACAGUAACAUUCGACAUUUUUCUAGGGCUGAAUUUCACUUUUUUUUUUUUUCCUACUGGUCUGGGCACUUACUAUUUAAUGCUCCAAAUGCAUUCCAAUUGAGAGAUAGAUAUCCAUGCAAUAAAUAUUUUAGGGUAAGACUGAAGUUUCUUUGAGUCAAAGACUGUCACAAGUUCAGUUUUCUGCUGUAGAACUUUUUCUCUCAGAGCACACUCCCAGUGAUUUAAGACCUGGUGGCCCUAUUUUAAUAACGUAUUUUGUCACUUGUGUACCCGUUGGCUUUUAAGAAUAAAUGGGCUUCAGAGCAGUAAAUUUUCGAAUUUGUACUCAAACUUAGAAUAAAUUUGUAAGUAUUGAGGUUUUGGGACUUAUCAGGAAUGGGCAUCUUGUAGAAAUUAUGUCGGGACAUCAGGGGUAUAGCCUCAUUUUUACUUUCAUUGCUUUCCUUUCCAAAACUAAUUUAACAAGUAAACUUUAGCUUUAUGCAGUGUUCCUCAGACUUACUAAUUCACUGGCAUUCCUCAUUUGAUAUUCUUAUACCAGGACAUAGGCUCUGGGAAUGAGUGUAUGUUUCCCUGUAUAUGUGUAAGAAUUCAAGGAGAAUUUUCUCUCUCUUGCGCUCCAAAAUGUCCUUAAAAUAUUCAGCUGAGUCUGAACAUGGCUUCUUUCUCCAUUUAUUAGGGAUGGGGACCUGAUUGUGGGAUCUGAUUCUGAAGAUCCUUAAUGGAAAAAGGAAAAAUCUUGCAUUUGUAGCUGUAGCAGCCACAUGAACAAAAAUUAUGUGUUAUUAUAACAGGUGCUUUUAGAUGUGAGACUAAACAUUCCCAAGUUUUUAUUCUCAGUCUAUGAAACAGUGCAUACAACUGUAGUGUAUAUAUCUACUCUUCAUACUAUUUUUUUCCCUAUCUUCACCUGGUCUUUAAAUGUGUUCUACUUGUUCAGUUAUAGAUAUAUUAAACUUUGAAAACUGAUUUCUAAAUAGUAAUAGCCUUUCUACUUAGUGUGAUUUUUGACCUUUAUAUGGUUUUGAAGUUCAUUCUUUUGUUCAGAGAGCCAUCUGUUCUACUCAUUGAACCAAAUGAUAGGAGUUAAAUGAAAUCUCUUUAUUCCAUAUUUCACCACCAAAAGCAAAUCACCAAAUGCAUGCCAGCACUUCUGGUGAUAAUCCUUAAGUCAUCAUUAGUUUAUUAAGCUGUAGACACUGGAAGUACAAGAUGUCCAAAUGAAUGUGGCAAUGAGUGGUAGUUGUGUAAAUGGAUAUAAAAUUCAGUGUUCUCAAAUUCUCACCUGGUUGGAUUUAGUAAUCAAGCUUAAACUUUUCAUAUUGCAGCUGACAAUCAGAAAGUGGCACUGUGAAGUAAGGUAAGUUUUAAAUGUCUAUAAAUAGCCUUAGAAAAUUCAUUUUCAAUCCAAUAUUCUUUAAAAACCAGCCUUUUUCUAGUUUAGAAAACUGACUUGCAUGUAACUAACUUAAUACUCCAGACAAACCCAUAGAAAGCCAAAGGCUGAAAAUGGUCAAAACAAUUUUGUUCAAAAACAAAUGGGAGUAUAACAUAAGUAAGGUUUUAAUCCUAUUUUUUGAUAUAUAUAGAUAACUUACAUUGAUUUCUUUAAAAGUGACUAUAAUAAUCUUGUCACAUUUUUUUAAAGGUGUGGGAGAGGGACACUGAUUUAACUCUCCUUUCAUUAGAUUACAACCUAUGAAAUUUCUUAGGCUGUGAAACAAUUCUGUUAUCAUUCAAUUUUUUCCUUUCUUAUAAGCAAAUAUAAUUUCUCAUAAUGCUGUUACAAGUUCUCUGUGAUAACUUAUUAGAAAAUAAGGUAGUAUAAAUUAUUUUAUAUGGAAGAAGUUUGAGACUGAGAAUAUGAUCUUUUAAAAUCUAGAAUGAAAAGGCAUUUAAAUAAUGAAAUGUGGCUAUGAGAUUUCUCCUUCCUCAAUUUUAGCUUUAAUAUCUUAGUUAAAAUCUUUUGCCAUGAAUAUGCUCCUUCCCUUCUGCCAAGCUCUUUUUUCCUUCACCUUCAAAGUAGUAAUAGAAUUUUGAAACUGAUGGCAACUGUUUGUGUAAAUAAAAGUGACUAUUGGGGCAGCUAGGUGGCGCAGUAAGUAGAGCACCAGCCCUGGAGUCAGCAGGACCUGAGUUCAGAUCUGGCCUCAGACACUUGACACAUGUACUAGCUGUGUGACCUUGGGCAAGUCACUUAAUCCCAAUUGCCCUGCCAAAAAACAAACAACAACAACAAAAAACAAAAGUAACUAUUUCCCUCUCUCCACAUCCAUUAACAUUUAUUUAAAACAACAACCCAAUAAGGUAUUAAAAACAGCAGCAACAAACUUCUCAUUUAGAAGGUUGUACUUCUGGCACUUCUCUUUUUAGAAAUGUUUAUGUACUACUUUUCCUAUUGCUUUGUUAUUUUUCUUGUCCAGUAUGUUAAUGAAUUAUAUGAAAUUUAUGCCCUUAAUGAAAAUACUAAUGAAUAGAAGACUCAAUGGUGUCUUUAACUUGUUUGAAGGUAGAAUUACAGACUCAGGAUGCUCUAUAUUGAAUCUUCUUAGGUUAUAUGUACUUGAAUUAGAUCCAAAAUCAGUUGCUAAAACUAGAAGGAGAUAGUAGUAGUGUGCCUUGCAUGGGACCACUUCCCUGUCUUGGACAACUAAGUCAUGUCAAGGAAAGGUUCAGAGUAAUGGCACAGCUACUGCAAAUUAUGAGUGUCUGAAAGGAACUGAUCUUGCAUAACUUUCCUUAAAAAAUAAGUCUUACUACGUUAUUUCCUCCCAACUUCUAAGCUGUACCAAUUCAAACUCUUGGAGAGCUAGGAACAAAAAUUCCUGGUGAAGUGUUGUGAUACAGUCAUAUUUAUAUGUGCCCAGAGUGUUAAUGGACAAAAAUAGACACACAAAGUACAUGUCAGAAGUGAAAACUUUGUUUAGUGGAAUAUUUCAGUGAAAAAUAAGAGUUUUGCAUUUCAUUAGAUUUAAAAACACACAGAGUGAAAUGUGUUUACAUAGCUUAAAUCUCUAGUUUGCUUGUGUCAAACUGCCAAUCUAAUACAACCUGUAUAAAGACUUUGUUAUAAUUUGUCUCUGGCACCAGAUAAACUGUGUAAAAGAAAUUAGCAUGCUUGCUUCAAACUUGUGCUUUUGAAAAUUGAUUUGCUAUUGUUUUAAAAAUGACACAGGAUGAUAGCACAUUUAAAUGCAUGACUAUGCUCAAUAUCAAACCAUAUAUGGGAAGUACUGUCUAGAUUUAAGACCAACCAUGAACCCCCUUAACACUUGUAGAAGAAUGUGGGCAGUUCUAGAUUCCAAAUGGUUAUUUUUCUAUAAUCUAUACAGCUUGGAACUUGUUCAUGGAAUGAAAACAUUCUAAGCCCCAAUACUCUUUCUAGGAAAGAAAAAAUAAAUGCUUAUACAUACUAAACAAGAGGCCUUUUGAAUAAUUUUAUUGUUGGUAAUAUUGACAAAAAGCUCUUAGCUAUUUUAAGGGUACUCCAAGGAUAUUUAUGAACAUAACUUCCCAUUUCAAUUUCAGUAGACCAUGCAUUGAAUGUGGUCUUCUAAUGAACAAAACCAGGGUUGGGGAAAAUUGCCCCAAGUUGAUAUCUAUGUAUAUUUCAGCACUGCAUUCACUUUAAAUUCUAAGAAGUGUAGGCUAGACUAAUCAUAAAGUUCUGGCAAUGUGAAUUUCAGGUUUUACUUUUCUAAGAGAAUAGUAUGUAUUGUUUUGAGCUUCUCCAAUGUUGUAUUUACUUGUACAAAUGUGAGUAAAAUUAAUACCUACAGGUAAAGAAAUUAUAAUUUUGUGAAAAACAAUUCUGAGUUGGUGUGCAAAUAGUUGGAUAUUAAAUUCCGAUCCUUUUUAAAGGA